AUGGAUGGCUGCAACGGGCAACAGGCUGUUACGACCCCACUUGAUAAGGCCCAAUCUCCAAAAGUUCAAGAUCAGAAAUUAGCAAUAAAACAGCAAGAAACUAGCCAGAAACCUGUGGCAUCUCAAGCAUGGAUGGAGUGGCUUAUGAAAAAGCGAAAAGCUUUUGAUCAACGGGGUGAUAUGGCAAUUGCUGCUUGGGCUGAACAGCAGCAACGUGAGAUGAAUCUCCGUGCACGCCGGCUCUCUCGUUCAAAGGUAUUAAAAUCAUGUUUAAUAUUUCUGCAGUGGCUCAAAUCAUUGCUGGAACUCCUAAUCUUUCAAACAUUGAGUACCAUCCCUACUUAA